CGGCUCCGUCUGCGCGCCUCAGGGGCGGCCCAGGGGCUGCCCCGUGCUGGGGAGGGCGUCGAACUGCAGCCUCGGCUCCCGCCGCCGCCCUCCUCCCGUCCCCAGCCGCAGCAGCUCCUCGGCUCCAUUCCCUCUGGGGGAGGCGAACGGUGAGGGCAGCUCUUGCCUUGGCGCCGGCUCCGUCUCACUCCUUCCGCAGCCCCCUCGCUCCGGCAUGGCCCGGGCUUGAACGGCGUGUGAAGAUGCUCUUGGGGAGGCAGCAGCGGCCGGGCGGCUGGGACCGCUGCAGGGUCAGCGAGAGGCUGCAAGCCGCCCUGGCUGGCCUCCAGGAACUCCAGGUGCUGCGGGAGAAGCAGCGGGCUCUGGUGAGCGGCGCCUUGGCCAUGCAGGACCCGCCAAACAAGGAGCAGCGUCUGGAAGCCACCCUGACCGCCUUGAAGGAGCAACUGUCACGUCUGAGGAGACAAGAUGUUGGACUGAAAAGCCACCUGGAUCAGCUGGACCAACAAAUUAGUGAACUGAAGUUGGAUGUUGGCAAAACCUCCCUUGAGUAUCUCGACAGUGACAGCAGACCCAGCUCAGGCUUUUAUGAACUGAGUGAUGGUGGCUCUUGCUCCCUAUCCAAUUCCUGUACAUCGGUCUUCAGUGAAUCCAUCUCCUCCUCCCAUGCCAGUCUGUUGCCAAGUUUACAGCACCCCAAGGCCCAUCUCACCAUCUUUGAUUACCGUCCCAAAUCUGCAGAUGAAACCACAGUACACAACCAGUUCCAACAGCAGGGAGCCUAUACUGGUGAUGAAUGUCAUAUCAAAGUUUGCCCUGAUAUUUCAGGGACUCCCACCAGGUCCAGGCCAAGGCCUGUUUCCACAGGUGACCUUGAAAGACUCACCCUGACAGAAGCAGGAUAUCCUAAAGCAACCGAUCUGAAAUCCUUUCCUCUGCUUUCUCCAGGAGGGGAAAUCCCAUUCUACUGUGUUGAUCCCAAAUACCAGAGUGACUUGGUCUCUAAAAGUGGGAAUGAUGUGUAUCCUUACCCCAGCCCUCUUCACGCUGUGGCUUUACAAAGUCCACUUUUUUCCCUGACAGGACUUCCCGCAGAAAAAGAGGGUCAUCCCUUGCCUAACAAGGUUGCACCUAAUGCUGUUGGGCCCAGUUUGAUUAGGACUCGGCCAGUCAUAGAAUCCAGGCCAGGAGGUUACAUCAACAAACUGCUCCAGCUGACACGCUCUAGAGGAAACAAUCAGGCGGACGCCAGUGAGAGGUGUCCAACAAAGAGCCAGCCUUUGACAAUGCUCCAGAGACUCAUUAUAAUCCCCAGUCCUGGCGGAGUGAAAAUUAAUAGCAGUGGCAGCCAGCUGGAAAAACAAGGGAGCUCAAUGCAUAGUAACAAAGUUGAGGGGAAACUGCAGAGGGAGAUGGCUGAAGGGGAAUGUGUCAAACAGCAGGGGUCUGCGCACAGUAUGAGCACCGAGCAGACGGCUGCCUUGCUUCAUGCAGAGUCUUCAUUGGCUGUGAAUGGCUGCUAUCUUGCCAGGCCAUCUGUACGGGAUUCUCCUCUGACUGAAGCCGGGGAAAGCAGCCUGGAACGCAGCUCUUCCAGCUCACAGCUAGGAACUGAGGAUUCCAGUCUGAGUCCCCCAAGUACAAAUGUUGUCCCAGCCAAAAAAUCGCACAAGAAACCUGUCAAGGGAGGAAGUCAUGAACCCAUGCCUCAGGGUGGUUUUGUUCAUGCCAAGUUUGUCCCUGCAGAAUCCCAUCAAGUCAGCGUAAGGUUUGCAAACUCUAAAAUGAAGCCUGUGAAGGUAAAAAGGAGGAACAGCGAGAAGGUGCCAAGGCCUGGGAAGCAAGCUCUUUUUGUGGAGAAGCCACGGGGAGUUCACCAUGUUCCUGCCAGGCUGCCUGCUGAGUGGAAUCUGCCUCAGAGACAGCUCAGAGGAAGGAACCUCAUUAGGAGGCCGACUUUUGCUGGGGAAGCUACAGGGAGGUCUUGCUCAGAAUCCAGCCUGUACCCAGCACCAUUCAGAAUCCCUCAAGUACCCUCUCAACCUGAACUCUACCAGGCAUCUGCCAUGUAUUCUCUUGAAACGGCCUAUAUAGACACAACCAAGAAAAAGCAACGCAAAUGGCAGUCCACGGUGGAAAUCUCAGCAAAAACCCAAGUUGCCACCCUUUCAAGUGGCUUUGCCCUCGGGCCACCAAGACAGCAGGUGAGGAGAGCUGGGAUUACGCGUACUGUAAUGAUGAGGACCCGUUCAAAGAACCACCACCCCUUUCGCCCUGGGUCAUAUGCUAAAAGUGAGUCUGAUCACUCUGAAUACUCUGCAGAGUGUGCUUCCCUUUUCCACUCCACCAUUGCUGAGACCAGUGAAGGAGAAGUCAGUGACUAUACAGCCAACCGCUUUGGGGACAGCGAGUCCAGUGAAAGUGAUUUGGGGGACAGCAGCAAUGGCAACAACCUGACUCUUGACUAUGAUGGGGAGGGCAAUGAGCAUGAACUGAUCUGGCCAGACUCUUCAGCCAGGCAGCCAACAGCUUCAUCCAAGCCUCUUCCACCAGUGCCCAAACUCUGUCGUAUCAAAGCUUCAAAGGCCCUCAAGAAGAAGAUUAGGAGAUUCCAACCAGCCUCUCUGAAAGUGAUGACCAUGGUUUAAAGUGAGAGUGAGAAUCAGCUGCCUCAGUGUGCAAAACAAAAGAGGAUUGAUCUCUAAAAGGAUUCUGUUAAAUGAAAGGCAAUGAAAUCCCUAGGUCUCAAGGCAAGGGAUCUUUUCUCAUUUGCUAAUGCCUGUAUAAGUGACACUGUUACUAAUAUCCUCUUUCUGUUUUGUAAGUGUAUGUUUAUGUGACUUUAUGUAACUUUAUACCUCCCCGUCCCCUGCCCCAUUCUGAUAAGUAUGAAGUCUUUAGAUGACGUGCCCUACUCAGCUAGGUCCUGUCUAAUAGUUACUUUGGAAAGUAGAUGUGCAGCCUGCAAUGCAUGGAAGAUUUCCCAAAGUUUCCAGGGUGGAAGGGGAGUUCCUUGCAAAAGAUGACAUUGCAGUUUCUCCCUUUUUUUUGGAAGAUUAUAUUCAGAGGGACUCGCUAUACCAGCCUUCCCCAACAUGAUGCCCUCCAGAUGUUUUGGACUACAACUACCAUUAUCCCCAACCAUUGACCAUGCUUACUUGGUCUGAUGGGAGUUAUAGUCCAAAAUAUCAGGAGGGUGCAUUGCUGGGAAGGCUGGAUUUCACUGUCACAGCUCUCUUAGAAACUCACAUGCUUUUCCCCCACAGUCAUCCAUUGUUAGUAUAGUUUAUCCAAUAAAGCUCGCUCCUUAGUUCCAUCCAUUUUUCUUUGAUAUGCCCAGAGCUUGGAAAAGUUAUGUUUUUGAACUACAACUCCCAUCAAUGCCAGCCAGCAUGGCCACUGGAUUGGGCUGAUGGGAGCUGUAGUUCAAAAAAGUAACUUUUCCAGGCUCUGGAUAUGCCAGGGAUUGCCAAUGUGGUGCUCCAGAUGGUAUUGGACUACAAUUCCCAUCAUCCCUCACCAGUGACUGAUCUGAUGACAGUUGUAAUCCAGCAACAUCUAGAAGACACCAUGCUGGCUGUCAUUGAGAGAUGUCAUUUAAAUAUGAGGGCCAGGGUCAGGACAAUUGUACGUAGCUCAGAGGAACGCUCCAAUAUUACUAUUUCCCACUUACAAAUUCAAGGGAUUAAGUAAAAUCUAACCCUGACCAUUACAUCUGUAAUCUUUUUAUAUGAAGAUGUUUAUGUGGGUGUUGUUUUUUUAAAGGGUCAACUGCAUUCCAAAUGCGUCACCGUGCAUUAAUAGCUGCUGUGGCUGAGAGCGGAGUGGCUCUACUCUGAUUUAUUGCAGGCUCAAUAAAUGUUAUGGUGAUCUACUACUGUAAA